GCCUACGUAAAUUGAUCGCCGACAUGGCGUGAGGCUGUGAUUGAGGGGUUGAUUCGUACCAAAAGGUUGACCAAGGGUAUUUUCCACUGCCAAAUUUGUUCCAAGUUCCCAGCAUUCCAGCUCCUCUGGACCUUCUCCCGUCGACUCUUGUGUCAUCCUCCAUGAGCUACGGCGAGGCUCGUCGCAUGCACACUGAGUGUGGACGCCUAGCCUCUUCCGUGCCCCCGCGCUCCAAGAAUAUUAGCCAUUGCACUUCAUACCGGCCUUGUUCCCCAAGAUACAGCAACACUAUGGACUACGAUGACCCGAUGAUGGACGCGGUAACUCACCAAAAGGUUACUGCGUCCGAUGCCAGUGGGGAUCAGCGGCGCCAGGAGGUGCUCCUACUUGAGCUCAAGAGGGUAAACCAAGACAUGGCCGGCAUUCAGAAUGGGCUCAACUGCCUGAUGCAACAGGUUGAGGCUAUUCCCGCUCAGGUCGUGGCGGGGAUGGGGAAGCCUGGUGCCUCGGGAGAGAAUGGUUGGCGUAAUUGGUUCCUAGGCGCUAACGGGUAUCCGGAACAGCAAAGUUACGAACAAGCAUCCUCGCCGCUGUCUCAAAUUGGUGGUACGCGCUUUGCAGAGCCCCAUGGCGAAAGCAAGGUCCUAGGAACCCGGAACAUUGCCCUCCAACGCGAGCUAGAUGCCGUCAAGCGGGAAUUGGCCAUUGCGCAGAGAAAGAAUUUGGGUCUGGAGGGCCAACUCCGCGAGAACCAGGAGCAAGUCAACAAGCUCCGCGGCAAGGAAGCCAUGUUCCGAACCAUCAUCCUCGACCAGGCGGGCGUCCAGAAAAUAAGCGACGACGAGAUCCUUCAAGGGUUCCUUAAACUGCGCCAGGACAUCCAAAAGCUGUCGCGCAGUCCGUCCUACGUUGUCGAUACCAACCCUGUCCUCGCAACUGGGCCGCAAGGAACUACGUCGUCGUUGGCAUCAUUCUACCGCGCAUCCGCCUGGGGAACGCUCGGCCUCGUGGAUCGGCGCCUUCGCAUGCGUGCGAAGAUUUUUGACGUGCUACACUUUCACAUCCUGGGUUACAAUUGUUUCGGCCUCCAGGGAUUCCAGACGAACGAAGCGGGAGUCCUGGGACAGGUCGAGCCUGGGCUGCGACGGUUUGAGUACACCCUGACAGAGCUAGGUGUCAGCGAGAACGUCAUUAGCGACUGGAGGAUUGCAACCAUCAACUGCGUCGAGCUGACUGGAAUCGAGGACGCGACGAGCGAGAGGGCUACGACCGACAUAUUCUCCCUCCUCGCCCCGCUCCUUUCCAAACAUAUCCGACAGUCGGAAGAGGAAGUCCUCCGCUCAAGUAUCUUGUCCUUGUGUAAGGAUGCGUAUAAACUGCGCAUGAUGAUGCGGAAGUCCAAGGAUAUAUACGCGGUCGAGAAGAUCGGACUUGACGGGGUGCCUUCGCUCUCCGCUCUCGAGAGCAAGGCGGAUCCAAUCGCCGUUGAGAAUGGCAAGAACAGCGAGAGGAGCGAUGAGAUUGCAUACACCAUGUUUGGUGCUCUGACGAAGCAGCCGGAAGGGGAGGGGCAGCCUAUGAAAGUGUUGGAAAAGGCUCAAGUUGUGCUCAGGAAGAGGUAGCUAGGUCAGGGGGUUCAUUCGUGGUCUUUCAACAGGAAU